GCGGUUUGAAGGCGAUGGCGGGCAGUCUCUUCCAGCCGCCGGGCCUGGUGGCGGAGCUGGACUCCUCCCUGUCGCUGCUGGAGGCCGGGGACGGCAGGCGGGGGACGGCGGAGCAAAAGCAGGUGGGGGACGCGGACCUGCUGCCCAUGGUGUUCCUCUGCGCCGGCUGCAAGCGGCCGGUGGGCGACACGCUGAGCUGGGUGACCAACGACGAGGAGGCGGGCUGCAUCCUGCUGCGCAGUGCGGCCGGUAGCGUCACGGUGGACCCGGAACGGAAGCUCUCCAAGCGGCCCGGCGAGUGCGGAUGCAUGAUUGAAACAUUAUCCUGCUCUGGCUGCUCAAUGACACUUGGCAACAUCUAUAGGUGCACCCCAAAGCAUCUUGACUACAAGAGGGAUUUGUUCUGUUUCAAUGUUGACUCAAUUGAAAGUUACAUUCUAGGAUCCUCAGAAAAGCAAGCACUUACAGAUGAGGAACCUUUAACUCUAGAAAGUCGAGCUGUCUUGGAAGAUGUGCUACAAAGGGCAGACACUGUAUUAAAGGCUCUGGAGACAAGACUCACUGCUGUUGAAUCAAGUAUGGCUUCUCUUCACAAUAAAGUCUGAAAGAAAUUACAUGCGUGAAGCUUAACUGCAGGAAAAAGACCUACAUGAAACUUUGUCCUUGUAAGCCUCUGGAAUCUGUAGGAGCAUUGAAAAAGCUGUGUCAAGAACUGAAAGACAUCGUUGGCUCAUGCUGCAGUAGAACAAUGCUGACUGCAUUUUCACCAUAGACAAGAAGUUCCUUUUUUUUUUUUCUAUUAAAAAGAUACCCCAGAAAGAAAUGGAAUUUUUAAAAUGAAGUUUCUUUAUACUUUUGGUUUAAAUGUAAAUAGUUAUUUAAAUUGUUGUCUCUGAAAUCAAAGCAUUUCUAUCCUGACUUCCCUGCUACUCCGUGUCUACUGAACUGGGUGUGCUUCUUUUUCCUAAACUAAUAAAAAAAAAAAGCUUGUGUUGUC